AGGAGCCAAGGAGAGCCGCCGGGCCUAGAGCUUUUUUGCGGGUGAGGGCUGUGGGGGCGCUCAGUAUUUGGCAGGAAGGGGAGGCCUCUCUCCUGGCAGGAAGCUGCGCUUCCGAAAGAGGGAGGAGACUGCGGCGGAUGUGGCUGAGGGGACCCCAGCGGGCAGCUAAGCUAGUUCGCGCCGGUUGAGAGCUUCCCCUCUAGAGGUGAUCCUCGCCUGCGGAUCCUCCCCUUCCGAGCAAGUCUUGCAAGCAUCCGACUUGUCGCUUCAGGAACGCAGCUGAGACGGCAGCGAGUUGUCCGAUUUCGGCAGUUUCUUUCCUCGCCCCGCCUCACUGCUGUGCUUCUCGCAAGCAUGAAGACCCAGUUCGGAAAGGCAGCUGCAGGGCAGCGGUCCAGGACAGGCGCGGGACAUGCUAGCGUGUCUGUUACCAUGAUGAAGAGGAAGGCUACACACAAAAAGCAUCGGAGCAGAUCCAUCUCCCAGCCCCGGAGGAACUUCGUGGGCUGCAGGAUUCAGCACGGAUGGAAAGACGGAGAUGAACCUCUAACACAGUGGAAGGGAACUGUUCUGGAUCAGGUACCUGUAAAUCCCUCUCUGUAUCUUAUCAAAUACGAUGGAUUUGACUGUGUAUAUGGAUUGGAACUUCACAGAGAUGAAAGAGUGUCAUCACUUGAAGUCCUUCCUAAUAGAGCUGCAUCAUCUAGAAUCAGUGAUACUCAUUUAUCAGAAAUCAUGAUUGGCAAAGCAGUGGAACACAUUUUUGAAACAGAGGAAGGUUCCAAAAAUGAAUGGAGGGGGAUGGUCUUAGCUCAGGCACCUGUCAUGAACACAUGGUUUUACAUUACUUAUGAGAAAGAUCCUGUAUUGUAUAUGUACCAACUAUUAGAUGAUUAUAAAGACGGUGACCUCCGCAUCCUUCAAGAUUCCGAUCAUUCUUCUCCAGCAGAGAGGGAACCUGGAGAAGUCAUAGACAGCCUAGUAGGCAAACAGGUGGAAUACGCCAAAGAUGAUGGCUCCAAGAGAACUGGCAUGGUCAUUCAUCAGGUAGAAGCGAAACCUUCUGUGUACUUUAUCAAAUUUGAUGAUGAUUUCCAUAUCUAUGUCUACGAUUUGGUAAAAACAUCUUAGAUGUCAUCGUGAAAUUUGCCAAGUAUAUGAAAUUAUUAUGCACAGAGUCUGUAGACACAGUCUUGAUUACUUUCCAGUUUGUAAGGAGAACCAUCUUCUCCCUUUUUGCAUGUUUUUGCUUGGCAAAAAAAUUGUAACUUCCACCUUUUCAGAAGUUUUUGGAAGAAGCAUUUUGCUGUUCUGUCCACCUUUUUCAUUGGUUCCUCCCCGUAGGAGGAAGAUUGAUUUGUCUGGUUAGUGAGAAGGGUAAAGUCUGACAUCAAGGGCCCAUAUUUUUAUCUUGGGUACUUGGGCAGUGUUAAUAAGUUAAAGGUAGCUGAACACUUCUCACCUCACCCUUUUGGGGACUUGAACUUUCAGCAUUCGUUGAGGUGUGAAGCUUCCUGAUACGUUUCAUGUGAAUGGCUGGGUAAGUGUCUGCAGUCUCAUCUCUCUCCCCAGGUGGCUUCAAAAUUCUGAUUUUUAAGAGGAGUAGGAAGCCCAUUUUGAUCUCCUCUCCAAGUUAUAUUCUUAAUUCUAACUGUACUAAAAGUAAGGCUGAAAUUUCGUUCCCAUUUUGAUUCACGUACCUGUUACUCAGCUGGUUCAGAAUCAAAAGGGUAAUUAUUUUGGACUUUAGUACAUAAGCAUAGGCUGAAAAACCUUACAAAACUGGUAAGAGGGUAAGCAUUUGGGAACGAAGCUCCAAGUGGAAAGAUUAAGGUUUCUGGUGUAGCUUAAAUGGCAUUAGAAUCUCUGUUUGCAAUAUCUGGCUGGUGUCUGCAGACAUGCAGUGGGUUUUAAAUGCAUGCUGUGCAGGCAGAUUUAGCACAAGUGGACUGUACCAGCCCAGUGGAACAUUAAACCAGGCUCUAGCUAGAAUCCUCGGUCACAAAAGAGGCUGGGUUUAGCAAGGAUUGACAGGUAUGUCCAGGACCUCAAAAUGAAAGACCAGAAAUCUGGAAUCAGGCCAAGAUACAAUUUUCUUUCCUGUACUAAGAAAGACUCUUUGAGGAGUUUUAUAUUAGAUUUUAGAUUUGAUUCUUAGGGGACUUCAGAGUCCCAGGAUAUGAGGUGGGCAGGGCACCAGCUGGAACUUAGAAAAGCUGAAAACAAACUUUGCUUUCUUGUAAGUGCAGGUGGGAUUGGUGUCCCAGCAGGACUGUGAAAUAAUAUGAACUAGAAUCAGUACUGGAUGAUCUGUAGGAUUAAUGAUGUUUCCAGUACCAGCAUAGAUCUAAUAAAUUUUGUUCGUAUUAUGUUCUGAAUCUUUAACUGGCCCUAAGAAACUCAUGUGUAGGUAAGGGUGAGCCAUACUGCACCUGAAAAGUAAGUAAUGGAAGGGACUUUUUUACCUUCCAUUAUUGAAAGCAUUUUUUUUUUUUGAAAGCAUUAGGAAACCCUGGUGGUGUAGUGGUUAAAAGCUAUGGCUGCUAACCAAAACGUCGGCAGUUGAAUCCACCAGGUGCUACCUGGAAACUCUAUGGGGCAGUUCUACUCUGGUCUGUAGGGUCACUAUGAGUCGGAAUCAACUCGUUGGCAACAGGUUUGAUUUAGUUUUGGUUUUAGUGAAGGUUAGCCAAAGCCUAGGAAAGAAAGGUUGAAAAAUAAGCAAGGCUUUUGGAGAGAAGCACCUGGCCAAAGCGAAUGCUUUCUUCUUAGGUUUCUGACAGAAGCCUUAUUACCAUUAGCAGGCUAAUAAGACCCUGGACUUCUGCAUAUUUGAGGCUGAGACUCAUGGCAAUAUAAUCAACCACUUGGAAAAUAUCUUCCAAAUGAGUUUAAGUUCACAGAUCAUGGAGUCCAGACUACUGGCAAAAACAGACAGGCAUCCUGCUGAGGAUGAAACCAAGAAGAUACUCUCUUUUCUCCCAAGUUUUCUCUGUCUACUUUUCUUUUGAUGCCACUAAAUCUCUUCUAUGAUAUUUGGCUGAGAACAGCAGUGUGGGUGUGUAUUGUCAUAUGUACUAUGUCCUGGGAACAUGAAUUUACUUGGUACAACUGUUUUAGUGGCUGGGAAUUGGCACACUGUAUAAAUUUCCUAAUCAGCCCUUUGGACUCUGAAAACGUGUGACAUACAGUUGUGGGAUUAGAGUAAUUGAGGUCGUGAGAUCCUGAAGGAACUACACCCAUUCAAGAAGAAGAGCCCAGGCUUCUGUUGCUGAAGGAACCCCAUAUCUGUCCAGACAUCUCAGUGAGCUUCCUAUGGCUGAAAUGAGAAGAACAAGAAAUUGGGAAGUACAGAAUUUUGGACUUUAAUUCCUUUAGACGUUAAGUUAGAAAUUUAAUAUGGGCCAUUAAUUUUCCCCUCGGAGUUUGAAUAGUUGGAGGGGGUUUCAUGUAGUUAAAAUUAAGGCAUUUUCUUUAUGUUAUUGACAUUGUAUUAUUUAGAAUGUUUUUAUGUUGCCUCUAAACCAAAACCAAACCUACUGCUGCGAGUUGAUUCCAACUCAUAGUGACCCUAUAGGACAGAGUAGAACUGCCCGAUAGAGUUUUCAACGAGCGCCUGGCGGAUUUGAACUGCCAACCUUUUGGUUAACAGCUGUAGCACCUAACCACUACACCACCAGCGUUUCUGUGUUGCCUUUAGGACUCAUUAUAUAAUCUUUGUAAACUAUGUUGGGUAAUGUGGCUGGGUGUAAUUUUAAAUUGGGUAUAAAAUUAAAAAAGUGAGUGGAUUUUCAGCCUAUGGAGUAAUAUAGCCUUGGAGUUAAUUUAAUUCAUGUCCUAUUCUGACUCAUUUCAGAGCCUUCUAGGGGCAAAAGCAGAACUGCUCACCAGCUUUACAGAGGUGGGAGGAGGAUUUUCCCAAGACAUUCAGAGUCUUGGGUGUUAACUCUUGUGACUUAAGGGAACAAAAACUUCCAAGAAUAUAAUGGAAUCUAUCCUUUGCUUCUCUCCAUGUUUCUGACUCAAGGAAAAAGGAGAACUUACAACUCUCAAAAAUAUUUGAAAGAAAAUUUCUGCCCAUUUCCCCUUGCCACUCAUUCUAUCUUCUAUGUGGGAGGAGGAGUAACUUGAUGAAAUUGAGAAAAGGGUUAUGACAGAUAGGCAGCCUAGGCCCCUCUUGGCUCUUGAGCUCACUGCUCACAGCAAGAUAUGGGAAAUAGUGUAGUACUUCACUACAUGGCUGAGUAAGUUUCUGCUCUGUGGGUCCAACUCUGUCUUUGGGGUAGGGAAUCCCAAUGUCACGUCCAAGCCGUGUUAUUCAAUCCAGCUCUGUCAGCAGUAAAGCUGAUAUCUAAUUUUAUUCAUUUUAUUUUAAUAGAUAGUUUUCAGAAAAAAAAGUAACUUGUGCCUAUGGACCCAUGGUGGCACAGUAUUUAAGAGCUCAGCUGCUAACCAGAAGGUUGGCAGUUUGAAUCCAUCAGCAGUUCCUCGGAAACCCUGUGGGGCAGUUCUACUCUGUCCUAUAGGGUUACUAUGAGUUGGAGUUGACUCAAUGGCAACCAGUUUGGUUUUAUGGCAAAAGUCAAACAGUAUACUAGGGUAUAAAGUAAAAAGUAAGUUUCCCCCCCAUCCUUAGCCUAAGUCCCCCAGUCUCACUUUCCAAAGCUAACCACUGUUACCAGUUAUGUAUCCAUCCAGAGAUACUUGAUGUAUUUAUUUGUAGUCAUGUGUGUGGGUAUGUGUGUGUAUCAGUUUUUUUUACACAAAUAGUAGCAUAGUGUACAUGCUGUUCUGAACUUUGUUUUUUUCACUUGACAAUAUAUUAAAGCUGAUAUUUUAAUCCCUAUUUGGUUCCUGUGUAUACUUUUUAAUUGGUUCAGAAGGGAAGGGGGCGUGAUAAAUUCAAACUUUCAAACCCCAACCAAGUUUAAUGAAAACAUAAAUGAUCCUGCAAACUCACAAUUUCUGCCAGCCAAAUUUCUCUGAAUAGUAGAAUGUGAAAUGUAUGUGAACAUGAUAUAUUUUGUGGGAGGAACUCUUUGAGAAAGGCCAGUAUAUUUUUGUUGAGGGAAAUUAAAUGGAAAAUCAACUAUAAGUUGAAGCUAUGGGAAAAGUUAAGGUAAUAUAAUCAGUAAUCUAAAAAUGAAGAGUCAUUUUUUGUGUUCAGACUUGGACUCACAUGUUCUAUUACCACAUGCAAAUUUAUGCUGAUAGUUUGACUGGCCUUUUUUAAGUGAAUGCUUUCCUGCAUGUAACAAGAAACCCAUUGCAAACAGGUUUAAGCAGUUACUAAACAUCGUUGAUUAAUAUAACUAGAAAUAAUCAGAGGUCAGGUGGACUUGAGGCACAGUUUGAUUGGAGCUAAGGCACGGUGUGAUUCUUGAGGAUUUUCACUCCUCUUUGUGUCAGUUUCAUCUUCAGGCUGCCUUUCUUGAUAGCAGCAAAAUGGGCCCAGUAGUUCUAGUUCAGAGAAAGAUAGCUUAUGCCCUGUUAUGCAUUCUGAACUGGUUUAGGCCAUAUACCACCUCCCCCCCCGAACAAUCACUGAAGUCCCAUGGAUGAAAUCCAUUGAUUUGCCUACCCUGGGGCAUUUGUUCCAUCUCUGAACCCUAGAGGAUAUCUCUCUAGAAUUAAUAUUCCUAUUAAUAUCAAGGGCUUUUGGGAAAUGAAAAAUGAAUGCCAUGAACCAAUUGCAAAUGGCUAUUAUAACUUCCUCCUUUGCAGGGCUUUGAACCAGUUCAAAAAGGUUCAGUCAUGGCUGAUGGAAACAGAGCAGCGUAAGCGUUGCAUAGCAAUCAAACCUUUUGCCUGUUGAAUUUUGACUCAAGUAGGAAACAUGCCGUGUUGCCCUGCUCAAAGAUGGCAGCUGAUGGAGGUUGAUGGCUGCCAACCACACCACUUUGAAUGUGUGUCGCUCUCCACAGUCCUGUCAAUAAUCCAGUCUCCUGCAUCAGGAAACUUUCAGGAGCCUGAUGUGGGAGAUUGGAUUAUUAGCAGGACUGUACAGAGUGACACACAUUCAAAGCUGCACGAUUGGCUGCUGUCUUUGAGCGGGACAAUGCUGCCUGUUUCCUAACUCAAAAAAACUCAAACCCGUUGCCAUCAAGUCACUUCCAAGUCAGAGCGACUCUAUAGGACAGAGUAGAUAGAACUGCCCCAUAGGGUUUCCAGGGCUGUAAUCUUUACGGAAGCAGACUGCCACAGCUUUCUCCCAUGGAGUGGCUGGUGAGUUCAAACUGCCGACUUUUAAGUUAACAGCACUUAACCUCUGUGCCAUGGGUCAAAAUCUGACACGCAAGAGAUUUGGUUGCUAUGUAACACAUAUGCUGCCCUUGUUUCCCUGGGCCAUGAUUAAACCAUUUAGAACCAGUUUGAAGCCCUGUUCCUUUGGAUACCUAACAUGCGUGGAUACCUUUCUUCCCACACAUUCACCUUCAAAAAUGCUUGCAUCUAUAUGUAAUAAACUUACGUCCCCAAAGGAAGCAAACCUAAUUUCUUAUUCAAUUACUGCAUUUAAUAUUAAGUUCAGGAUCUUUAAUCGGUACGCAGUUGUCUUCAGAUCCAUCUUACGAGAGGCCUGUUAACCUAUAGUUAAAUUAUAAACUGCUCCACACCCCAACACACCCAGUAUACACUGGCGGAGAUACAACCAGAGAACUAUAAUAGCCGCCAUUUGGAAAAGGGAGGAAAUAAACAAUACACAGUAGUUUCUGGUCCAAAGCAUGUAUCAUGUUCUGUUAGACAAGGAAUCCCUACCCUGGCAAUGGAGUGAGUCUUAUGGUCAGCCAGCCUCUUUUUCUCUGAGAGGGUCUCCUUUGAGAGCAUAUCUGGGGUGGCUGUACAGCUUUGCCAGUGUACCUUAUGUCAUUUCUUGUACCUGAGGAUUGCUCUGGGUGGGGGGGUGGUGGAGCAAUCACAGUUCUUGUUGGUCAGGUUUGGGGUUUCUUCAGUACAGUAAGUCUCAAACUUAAGCAUGCAUCAGAAUCACCUGGAAAUUUGUUAAAAUACAGGUUGCUGGGCCCCACUGACAAAGAUUCUCAUUCAGUACCUAUCAAGUCCCCACAUGAGACUGAUCCUGCUGGUCAUGGGACCCACACAUUGAGAAUCACUCACUUGUAGGUGGCAAUUGAGUGAGGCCAGAGUUAUUAUUUGGUAAACUUACCUGAUGAUAAAAUUUGCCUGGAGUACUUGUUAAAAUAUAAUUUCUGAGCCCCACCUUAGAUUUAAUGAAUCAAAAUCUCCUGGGGAAGGACCUCGGAAGCUGUACCAGAAAGGCCAGUGAUUUUUAUUCAAGAAUGAUUGGGAAACACUGGUCUAGGGGAUUAGAUUUUUCUCACUCCAACCUUAUCUCCUGUUAAGUCGCAUCUCCUUGCCUUUGCCCUCACUAAGUUUAGUUUGCAGGUAAGAAUUUGGCUUUUCCAGCCCUACAAGAUUUCAGAUUACUCAACUGUCUUUCAACCAGGGCUCUGAACUGAUUCUAAACUGUUCAGUCAUGACUGACGGAAACAAGGCAGGGCUUUGAUCCAGUUUGAAGUGGUUUGGUCACAGCCAAC